UCCCACAGGGGCCUUUCCUCUUCCGCUGCGCCCAGACCUCGUCCUUUGCCAGCAGCCGCCAGUCGCGCACGGACGUCUCUGUGUGGCUCGGGGAGCUGCAGACGCACAGUUGGAGCAAUGACUCAGACUUCGUCCGGCCUCUGAAGCCCUGGUCCCGGGGCACCUUCAGCGACCAGCAGUGGGAGAUGCUGAUGCAUACUUUGGGGGGUUAUCGAAGCAGCUUCACCAGGGACAUAAAGGAAUUCGCCAAAAUGCUACAAGUAGCCUAUCCCAUUGAGCUACAGCUGUCUGCUGGCUGUGAGAUACACCCUGGGAACACCUCAGAAAACUUCCUCCAUGUAGCGCAUGAAGGAAGAGAGGUCUUGAGUUUCCAAGAAACUUCUUGGAAGGCAGCCCCAGAGGCCCCAGACUGGAUAAAUGUGGUUAUCAGGGUGCUAAACCAGGACCAAGAGACGAGGGAAACAGUGCAGUGGCUCUUGAAUGACACUUGCCCCCAGUUUGCCAGUGGCCUUCUUGAAGCAGGGAAAUCAGAACUGGAAAAGCAAGUGAAGCCCAAGGCCUGGCUGUCCAGUGGCCCCAGUCCUGGGCCUGGCCAUCUGCUGCUGGUGUGCCACGUCUCAGGAUUCUACCCAAAGCCCGUGUGGGUGAUGUGGAUGCGGGGUGAGCAGGAGCAGUCAGGCACUCAGCAAGGGGACAUCCUGCCCAACGCCGACGAGACGUGGUAUCUCCAAGCAACCCUGGAUGUGGAGGCUGGCGAGGCACCUGGCCUGGCCUGUCGGGUGAAGCACAGCAGUCUAGAGGGCCAGGACAUCAUCCUCUACUGGGGUGGGAGCCAUGCCUCAGUGGGCCUGAUCGCCUUGGCAGUACUGACGUGCCUGGUGUCCCUCCUUGCGCUCAUCAUAGGCCUAACCUGGUUUAAGAAGCGCCGUUCCUAUCAAGACAUCCUGUGACUCUGCUCACCACAUUUACCUCUCUGGAACUCAGGACCUCAAGUUCCCAGGACUUCAGCCCUGGUCUGCUCAGGAAUUGAGAAUGGAGGGAGAGAAACCUGCAAGAUGUAGUGAGCAGUCAUCAGGCAGCUCUUAUCACACCCCUUUAGUGUUUCUGUGAAAUAAUUUAAGUUCCUUUUCAUUAUACUGCAAGUUUAUUAGCCCAAAUGGUUCUGUAAAGAUGGGAGUGCAAACUCAGGUGUCUGCCAGCACAAGCAGGUGAUGGCUGAGGUGUCAGUUCUCGUGACGGAAUCUGCAGUGAACUGGAAAGCACAUGUCCUGUUCAAAGGAGGCAGCUGCAGCCGUUGUCAAGUAUGAAGUUGGGUUCUGGCUUUGCUUUAUCCGACAUUUUUUCAAGAAAACUGGAAAUCUGGAUUUUUACAUGAACAUGCCUGAUUAUAAAUGUUGAUAUCCCCAAAACACCCCUGCUGGCCAAUGACAACCCUGGAGCUUAUGGUUUGUGUCUCUUAUAAAAAGUUUGCCCUGAA